UCUCCUCGGAAUGACCUCCUUCCAGCGCAGUUAUUCAGGAACAUGCUCUUCCAGUCUGUGUCAUAUCUGCCCAGCUCAAAGUUGGACUAGAUAAUGAAGCCCUAAGUCUGAUAAUAGAUUACAUGACUACUUGCAACAACAUAUCGUGAAUGAUGUAGAGCAAUCUUUCGGGAGUAGUAUUCCGAUCUCCACCUCGAUAUAUUGAUUGAGAAUUUCUCAAAUUCUGCGACAUGCCGAACCCUCAGGAAAUGGACGAUCAUUGGCUUGCAUCGAAGGGACUGUUCAAGAGCAAUAGUUUGCAGCCAGACACGUCCAAUGCAUUUGAGAAUUCGGAGAAUUCACGUUUCCAUGUUUAGCUGAAAAGAAUCCAGAGACCUCAUUGAUCUAUGCUUUGAAUUGCACAAUGAUGUGCGGUAGGUCGGGAAACUAGUUGGGCUGAGGAGACUGCGCAUGAGAAGGAAGGUAAUGCGUAUCGAGAAGAGAUGAAGCAGGGUGUAAGUAAUAGCAGCAAAAGGAGCACGUUCAAAGACGGACGAUGGCUUCACACUUCUCGAACGCUAUAUGUUACGAACGUCCCCCCUUCCACUUCAAAUUCUCUUGUUGAAGACCUCUUCAAGGAUUUGGAUGGGUUUGUAGCAUUUCGGAGGGUGCGCUCAAUGUGCUUUGUUGAUUUCCAGUCUAAGCAGCAGGCCACCGCAGCGAUUUGGAGGACGAAUAGUCAUAAAUUCAGCCCAACUGAUGAAGGGAUACUUGUGAGCUAUGAUAAGGACGAUAAUGAAGAAAGAGGAGGGUGGAGUGUUCGAAAACGGGAGGAUGAAAAGCGAAAGAGACAAGAGACUGAUGCCACACGGAUACACUAUCACUGCUCAGCCUGCUCACACUUUUGCCUAAAACUUGUUGUUCCACUGACGGAGCUUCCGGCAAGAAAGACGGAUGGGUCAAGAGUAGUUGACAUGGCAAAAGAUCUAGUGCACUUGAUGUGUGCUAAAGGAGGUGUGAAGCUCUUGAAGAGGGAGAAGGGAACAGAGAAGCAAUUUCGAUACAACUGUGAACUUUGUGAUUUGUGUGUUGGCUACCGACCUGUUUCGUAUGAGCAAGAAACAAAGUUCAUGUAUGUGCUACCAGAGGCAUUAAGUCGGAGAGAUGCUGAACAGCAGCAGACGAAGGCUACAAACAAGGAGAUUGAUUUGUCAGGAGAUGGCACCGAAAUUGUGGAGCCCAAAACUGACCUCGCGCCAUCAUGAGGAAGGCUUCGCAACAUGCUCCACUUCACGUCUACUAACUUGCGUGCUCAACCACGAAUUGUAUAACUAAUCACGAGUUUGCGAGGUAGAUUUUUAUGGACUUAGAUGACAAUCUCAGCCCCAUGGAAAAACUAUCUGUCUACCCUGCGAUGUGGACAUGUCCAGGAAGUAAACCAUUUGGGAAGGGAAACUGAAUGGCUGGAAGCAGACACCUUUCUUGCAGUACAUCGUAAAGCUUCCCACAUCAGGCAUGCCGGCUGAUGUGAGAAGCUUUACGAUGUACUUGUGUGGAAGUUUUAAUUUCACCUGAGGCUGAUUCUAAACCUUCACACAGGUGCAGGGUGGUGUGUGGACGUUUAAAAUCAAGGGAUAAGGUCUGAGUGCGUAAGUCCACCUGUGCUCAGAUGACAAAAGGUCUCUUUAAACCAAAAGAAAUUUUGGGAUUGCUGGAUACAGUGUAAGUGAAAUAUCUGAUGAUAUUCUAGUUCUGUGUUGGAAGCAACUUCUUUCCAGAAGAAUCUAGUACCUCUUGUGCAAACAAUUCUUGCAAAUUCGCGGAUCCUUGCAAUAGUUUCUGCGAGUGCUUAUUUCCCUACCGCAACAGUCGUUCGUGCUUUAAGUGUAUGCGCAAAAGUCGAUCUAUGUGCAGUUAGUUCAUAGUACAGAGAAUGCAAGGAGCGGAAUGUUACACGGCUAAUGCGUGCUAAUCCGUGCUAAUCCGCCAUUUUCAGUUACGUGUAUUUAUUUCUUAAACUGAACAUGUUUUGCACAUCUGUAACAACUACCUUCACUUUUUCACUGUUAGGCAAGUGUGUAUCAGUUCAGAAAAACGCGUGGAUUCUCAAAGAUUAAGAGUUAUAUAUAGAGGUAAUUACUUGAUGCCACCCAUGUGAAACUCAAAUUACUUGAUGGGACCUAACAGGUUUCAUUUUACCGAAUGGGACCCACUCCAGGUCGAUGCAGGUCACAGUAGGACAGGUUUUAAUCAAAGUUCUUAUAACCUGAUAAUUUUUGUUGUAGUAUGGACAGUGUUUGCCAAAAUACUCUCUCCGUCGAGAGUAAUU